AUGAGACUCUGGAAGAGUCACCUUAUCAAUCAGGACAUGUCUUCCACGAGUCAUUCCCCUUGCCAUGUCUACUUGACCGGGACCAGUACCUUCUGGCGUCUGGUUUUCAUGACCGAAGCUACCAUCUCCGGAGAAGAUCAGCAGAUGCACGGCAGCAGCCCCAUAGCUACCAUGUGGCUCCAGCACAAAUACCGUUCAACCUUCCCGCUCGUCUACCUACGCAACAUUUGUCAACGCGGGAAAAAGGAAGACCACUCCCCGCUCGCCCGCCCAGUUGCCGACAUUCGGGAACAGCCUCUUUAUGUUCCCCAGAUUUCUCUUCCGUUCUGGGACAAGCUCCAUGUCACCUCUGCCUGGAGUGCUACCCCCAUGCCCAAUCUGUCAACUAGGACUUCAUUUAGGCAAACAGGCUAA